AUGUCCGCGUCAGCAAUAGAAGACGACUUUGGGGUCGCAUUACUAGUUGCUCCUCCAAAGGCCCUUAAAUACAGCAGCGAAACCUCUCCAACCCAACAAAAUAAAACCGGUAAAGCCUCCGAUAAGAAAUCUCAGGAAGCAAUAUCAGCUAAGUCUGUCCUUGGCCACAUGCUCAAAGACCCGGACUUCACAGAUGUAAUAGUAUAUGUCGGGGGCGAUAAGGAACCUUUCCAUCUCCACCGUGAUAUCAUCUGCCAGACUUCUGGGUUCUUCAAAGCUGCCUGCAAACCUGGUAGUUUUAAAGAGAGUAUUGAGAAAGAGAUCAAACUGCCAUCCGUUCAUCCAAUUACCUUUCGAAAGGUGAUUUCGUGGCAAUAUCAGCAGGGGUAUGAAACACAUUGGACCAAUGGCUUUAACGACUACAUCAUCUUCAAAGCAGCAGAUUUUUUACAGAUCCAAGGCCUUCGCGAAGAGGUUCUAGAAAGCUUAUGGGUGUUCUCUGUAUGGGAAAAGCUUUGCGAUUUGUCGGAGGAGGAAAUUCAGCAAGUUGUGGAUAAUUUUGCCAAGAUCUGUGAGCUUUGUGGCAAUUCUGAUCUUCCAAAUUUGAUCCCUAUCGCGCCGCAUAUUGGGGCACAUUGGAAUUUCAAGGCGGGUGGAAUCUUAGGCUCAUUGAACUCCGGAGUUUAUGGGAAUACCUUCGUGGCAGUGAUGCUAGAGGCUCUAGCUCUUCAGCGUAAUCCUUGUGGAUGUAGCGACAACGAUUCCUCGUAA